AUGGUUCUCAGGAUACGAUACAUUUCAAUUUUCCUCCUUGUCAUUUUACUGUUGGAAAUGGCGUUUGCGCGAGAAAAAUUCCUGGUGCGCAAAGGUGGACGUAUUGAUCGUCUACACAAGCGAACGAUGCAUGAUUGGAAAUAUGCGGCGCAUCGGCACAGGUCGCGAAGGCACAGGCACAAACGUCGACGGCAAUACAGAGAUGGCGGAUUUCGCGUCGACAACGUGCUCGCUCAGAUGGAUUCAUUCGUCCGCCCACGCUUUGGACGUUCUGUCGACUCGGCAGAACUUCGGCGUUGGCAUCCGAGAGUCAACUUGACAUGA